AUGCAAUAAACAAUUGAUACAAGAGAAAUAAUUAAUGUAUAUUAUGGUACUACAUCUGGAAAUUCAUCACGUCUAGCCUUCUAGUUUGCAGAUGAAGCUAUACAACAUAAAUUUAUCCCUAAAAGUACAUUAGUAUAUUAAAUUUAGUAUUCAAUCUAAAAGAGUUCAAUCCUGAUGUAUUUAUUUAAACAAGACUUAAUAUUUUCUUUGUUUCAACAUAUGGUGUUGGUGGACCAACUAGUGAUGCUAUUGACUUUAAUAAUUGGUUAUAGUCUAAGGAUAGAAAAUAAAAUGAAUUAUAAGGAGUACAUUUCUCAGUAUUUGCCUUGGGAAAUACAAAACAUGAACACUUUUGUGGUAUGGGAGUCAAAACAGAUGCUAGAUUAGAAGAACUUGGAGCAACAAGAAUAUUCUAAUUAGGAAAAGGUAAUUCUUGUGAUGAAACUACUGACAAUGAUUACUCUGUCUGGGUAGAAAGUGGAUUAUUUGCUGCAUUAGAAUCCUUAUCUCCAUUAAUAACUGUACCAGCUAAUUAAGUUCAAAGUUCAAUUUACAAAAUAAAAGAAUUUGAUAAUAUAGAUGUUUUAAUUGGAGAAACCUUGUCAUUUUAGGCAUAAAAAUACAAAGAUUCAUAUUCCCUUAAGGUUAUAGAGAUUAAAGAAUUAAGAAAGGCUCCAAGUGCUGGAAAUUCAACAUUAUAUUUGAGUUUAGAAUCAUUAAAUAUUCCAUACAAAGCAGCAUAAAAUAUUGCUAUUUAUCCAGAAAAUACUGAAGAAUAUAUUCAAGAAAUUUGUUCUAUGUUGAAUUUAGAUCCAAAAUUUAUUUUUUAAAUUGAAACAAAAGGUAAUCAUCCUUUUCCAACACCAAUCAGUGUUCAUAAUUAUUUGAAGAAGUAUUGUGAUUUUUUAGGACCUAUUACUAAAAAAUAAUUAUACACUCUUUCAUUAUUAGUUGAUGAUCCAAAAGUAAAAGAAGAAUUAAAGUUUGUUUCAUCUCAUAAAGGGAGAGAAUAAUAUGAUACUAAUUAUUUAUAAACAAGAGAAUGUUUUUUCAACCUUGUGAAAAAAUAUAAUAUUAAAAACAUACCAUUAUAAUAAUUAAUAGAAUUGUGUCCUUUAAUAUCACCUAGAUAUUUUACAAUUGCAUCAAGUCCAUUAAAAUAUCCAAAUAAAAUUGAAAUUAUUGCAAGUGAAUUAUUAAUAACUAAAGAGAGAGUAAAAUAUUUUUAUAUUUUUAGUUGGGAUUGUGUUCAUAAUUCUUAAGAAAUGUAAAAGUUGGAUAGGAGAUUAAAUGUUAUUUAUAAGAAUCAGCAUUUACAUUACCUUAAAAUCCUUAGGCUCCUAUAUUAUUAUUAGGAAUUGGAGCUGGAUUGGCUCCAAUGAGAGCUUUUAUUUAAGAAAAAGAUGAAUUUAUAGAGCAAAAUAAAUUAGAUUAGAGUCCAUUUAAAGGUCCAAUGACAUUAUUUUUUGGUUGUAGAACAAUGAAUGAUUAUCUAUUUAAAGAAGAAUUAGAAGAAUAUGAAAAGAAUGGUACAUUAAAUUAAUUGAAAGUUGCUUUUUCUAGAGAGGGACAACAAGUAAUUAUUUAUAUUAAUAAUAAUAUAGAUUAGAAUUACUAAUUAUUUAGAUGUUGAAUUUUUAAAUUAAUUUUUAGAAUCUGGUGGUAUUAUCUAUGUAUGUGGAUCUACUUAAAUGGGUAGAGAUGUAUAGAUUGCUAUAGAGAAUAUGUUUAAAUAGAUAAGAAAAGUUAUGCCUUAUUUGGCUUAUAGAAAAGUGAAUGAAUUAGAAGAAUAAAAGAUAUUUGUCAAAGAAUUAUGGGGAUGAA